CAGCUCUUCUUGAGAUAAAUAGUGUAAUUUAACCAAUAAUUCUAUCAUUUUUUUACCGUAUUUUAGCAUCUAAAACUAUAGAUGAAGCUUCUAAAACCCAGUUGGGUUAAUCAUGAUGAUAAACCAAUAUUUUCUGUUGACAUCCAUCCUACGGGGAAGAGGUUUGCGACUGGUGGCCAGGGUGGGGACUCCGGGCGAGUUGUUGUGUGGAACUUGAACUCGGUAUUAUAUGAAAAUGUGGAGGUUGAUCCGAAUGUGCCGAAGAUGUUGUGCCAAAUGGAUAAUCAUUUGGCCUGCGUCAACUGUGUUCGGUGGAGCAAUGCGGGCCGAUACCUGGCUUCCGGAGGAGAUGACAGACUGGUCAUGGUGUGGGGACUCAGUGUGGUUGCCAAUGGCACUCCGGGGAAGCUGAAAGCUGAGACUUGGAGGUGUAUAGCUACUUUGAGAGGACAUGCAGGUGAUGUCCUGGAUCUGGCCUGGUCUCCGCUGGACAAGUGGCUGGCCAGCUGCAGUGUGGACAACACCAUCAUCAUCUGGAACGCGGAGAAGUUCCCGGAGAUGGUCUGUGUGCUCAACGGCCAUACUGGGCUGGUGAAAGGAGUUGCUUGGGACCCUGUUGGCAAAUACCUAGCAUCGCAGUCUGAUGACAAGUCACUACGGGUCUGGAAGACAGCCGAUUGGGCUCAAGAAACAGUCAUCACUGAGCCUUUCGAAGAGUGUGGUGGCACGACCCAUGUACUUCGUCUUUCAUGGUCUCCCGAUGGUCAAUACGUGUUAUCUGCCCAUGCUAUAAACGGAGGUGGUCCCACCGCGCAAGUGGUAGAAAGAGACGGCUGGAGGUGUGACAAGGACUUCGUCGGGCACAGGAAAGCUGUCACUUGUGCUCGUUUCAACAACAACAUAUUCGUGAAAGAAGGCAAGAAGUGUUGCUGCGCGGCCGUAGGUGCCCGAGACAGGGCGCUCUCCAUCUGGCUCACAUCGCUCAAGCGCCCUCUGGUGGUGGUGCACGAUCUGUUCAGCGACAGUGUGCUGGACCUGUCUUGGAGCUCCGACGGUUUGAAUCUCCUAGCAUGCAGUUCGGACGGCACGGUCGCUUGUAUACAGUUUACCAACAAAGAAAUUGGCACACCUCUCACAUUGGACGAAAAGAAUGCCUUCUACGAAAAAAUCUAUGGCAAGUGUCCGGCCAACGACUCCGCUCUUUCCAACUUGUUGGUAGAGUGUCCAGAGAUCCUGCUCGCUAGAGAAAAACCUGAAACCCGCCAAGAGUGUCGAGACAGCAGAGAUGCGUCGCUUAUCAGUGAAAAGUCUCAGCAAUCCAAGCCGGCACUCACAGCGUCGCCCGUAUCUCUGCGACCAGUGGACCGGCAGAUUGAAACACGAACCUCGGAUGGCAAGCGACGCAUUACACCUGUCUUCAUACCUCUUACUAUGGUCGCUAGCGAAUCUCUCGGCUCAAUACCGAGUGGCACAGAGAACUGCUUCAGUACGUCAUCUCAGAGCAAAUCACGGAUCAGAGUCGAAAGGCGGGACGACAUAGUGAUUCAUCCCAAUGUGAGCAACCAUGGAAAUUCGAGUCAACACAACAAGAGUGCAGAUAACGGCCUCGACCAGCGAUUACGCAAGCGUUCAGCACCUUCCCUCCCGGGCCCUAAGACUGAAGAAGUCCAAGUGAAGAGAAGCGCCAACGGCGCCUCUCCUCCCGCCUUCCAAGCCUUGCCCGCGCCCGCGCUCGGCAGCGCCGGGCCCGUCGUGCGCGCCGCCGGGGCCCUCAGGCUGCAGGUGAUAAACAAGGCGUGCAACACACAGUACGGAACAUUGUCGCGGUUACAACUGCUGCCCAACAACUCAGCCUCCAGCGAUCCUGUCUGGGAAACAUAUUUAGGUUCUCCAGUAACGUGCAUAGCGUGUGACGCGCGCUUCGCCGUGGUAUCUUGCGCAGACGGCACCCUGCACGCGUGGAAACUCGCGCGCACCACCGCGCACAGAGCGCUCCCGCCUAUAGCACUAAUGUCGCCAGCGGCCAAACUGACACUCUCUGGUGACACCUUAGCCGCCGUGACCACAUCAGCCGAGCUCGGUAUUUGGGACCUCGCCAACGCUACGUGCAUAGUCAAGCCGCUGUGUUUUAGAAGCCUGAUGGUGCCUGGGGUAUCAGUAACAAACUGCUCUCUAUUGGAAGACGGAAAUCCAAUGAUCUCACUUAGUAACGGGAAAAGUUAUAUCUAUUGCAAGAAAUUAUACGCGUGGGUGGUUUGGACGGACGCCCGGGACCCGGUGUGGAGAGCAUGCGGCGGUCACGCCUCCACAAGAGCGCCGCGCUCCUCACACAAUCUGUACCCAGUGCAACCGAGAGCCACACAAGCUAAUACAGGCAGCUACAGUUCAGACGCGGCUCGGAGCUGGCUAGAAGGUCAAGUGGCUUCAUGCUUCCAUCUUAGAUUAGCAAAGGACUACCGACAUUGGAUCACAGCACUAUUCGGACACCUUGUUAAUCACGGUAACGAAGACCAGCUGAGAACGAUCUUAGACGACAUGCUGGGACCCAGUCAUUGUACCAGCACACCCAAGAAGUGGCAGUCCACAGUUCUGGUAAGGUAUAAAAAGCACGAUAUUCUAGACGACAUGUUGUCGCUAUUAGUCCGUCAGCUGCGCUGGCAGCGCCUGUACAGUGAGUACGUGGACCAGCUGAGGGACCUCCGUCAAUCACGUGAGACCAGAGAGAGGCCCAUGCUCAACGGACACUGAGAAGUGAGACCUAAUGUGAUUCGUAACUGUGUAACUUACUAUUAACACCGUCAAACAAUAGAAAUAAUGGUCUCUGAAUCUUAAUAACUAAUUAAGGAAAGAGUGUCAAUGCAUUUUAGGCGCGAUCCGUGCUUAAUAGAAACUCUAACGUGAUUUCAAUACGAACAUAAGGUUAUAACCUAUUUUUAUCAUAUUAAAAAAGCGAUAAAAAUUGUGAAAGAAACCCAUCAUAUUUAAGUCUAUAGAUUGAGACAGAUAGCAUGACAUUGAUAUAUUACAAUUCGGCUGAUUAUAAUAAUAAACGUACAGCGUUCAUAAUGUUUAUCUUGAUCGCUUUAUCGAAAGCAAUACUAGUAUACAGCACAGCGUUUUUGUCGUCAGAAAAGGCAGUAAAUUCAAAAAAUACUCCUACAGGAAAUUUGAUUUUUACGGGAUUUUCUACGCAUUCAAUUGCUUCAUAUUUUUUAACAAGAUUCAGUUACAAUGGAUUCUAUUAUUAAGUAAAAUAAAGGCGACAGUUGUUGACUAGUGCUACCAAAACCAAUGGCUAUUGACAAGUUGUCUCUGUUUUAGUACAAUUUGUCUAUAUUCUGUUUAAUACAGUAUAUAAAGAAGCACGAUAUUCUAGACGACAUGUUGUCGCUAUUAGUCCGUCUGUACAGUGAAUACGUGGACCAGCUGAAGGACCUCCGUCAAUCACGUGAGACCAGAGACCCGUGCUCAACGGACACUGAGAAGUGACACCCAAUGUGAUUCAUACGUGUAACCUAUGUCUGUCAUAUAUAAUGUCAAGAACAAGGACGAUAUAUACCAGGACUGACAAAGCCCAUACAGGGAAGUGUACCACUGAAAUGUACCUUUUAGGCAUAAAACUAGAUGGCGCUGUUUCGCAGCCUGGAAGUGGCAAAGAUUAUAUUUUCCCAAAAUAUUUCUGCGUGUUUUUGUUUUUUAUAAGAACAAAUGACAUAUUUCUUUAUUUUAAUAU